CUACACCCCUGUAAAUUGAUAUUUACUUCGCCGACUACACAGCUAGCCCGGUUAGCCAUUCCUGAACUGAGCUUCUCUCAAACAUCAUAUCGUGAAAUCUAGUUAAAGCAUCAUGGCACCAGCAGCAACACAAUUCGAGCUCGCGCAACCGCCCAACGACGCCAUCUCGGCGCUCGCCUUCGCGCCCGAUUCGCCGUCGCGGCUCCUCGUCGCUUCCUGGGACAAGAAUAUCUACCUAUAUGACACGCUCCAGAGCAGCGAUGAGAACAGCCAUGGCUCCCUACUCCAGACGUACGAGCACCGCGCGCCCGUGAUGGACGUAUGUUUCGGCAGGGACAGCAGCGAGGCCUUCAGCGCCGGCAUGGAUUGGCAAGUCCGACACAUCGACCUCGAGACCGGCGACCAGAGCACCUUGAGCAAGCACGCGGCGCCCGUAAGGCGGGUUGUUUAUAGCCGGGAACACUCCCUCCUCAUCUCCGCCUCCUGGGACAGCACCCUCCACGUCCACGACCCAACCAACCCCUCCCUCACACCCCUAACCAUCCCGCUCCCCGGAAAACCUCACGCCAUGGCCGCGUCCCCAUCGAAAGUGAUCGUAGCCAUGACCUCGCGACUCGUACACAUAUACGACCUAUCCGCGCUCUCAGCCGCACUGUCAUCUCAAACAAACGAAGCCCCACAACCAUGGCAACAGCGCGAGUCCUCCCUGAAAUUCCUCACGCGUGCCGUCGCCGCCAUGCCUUCGGACGCGGGGUACGCGACGUCGUCGAUCGAAGGGCGCGUAGCAGUAGAAUGGUUCGACGCGAGCGCGGAGUCGCAAGCGCGGAAAUACGCCUUCAAAUGCCACCGGACGGCACAACCCGCAGCCGACGGGUCGUCCGCGGACGUCGUGUUCCCAGUGAACGCGCUAGCCUUCCACCCAGUCCACGGCAGCACCUUUGCCUCGGGCGGCGGCGACGCCACCGUAGCCCUCUGGGACGCCGAAGCCAAGCGCCGCAUGAAGGUGUACCAGAAGUUCGCCGACAGCGUCGCGGCGCUGGCCUUCAGCGCCGACGGCCGGUACCUCGCCGUCGCCGUGUGUCCCGGCUUCGAGACCGGCAUGGAGGAUUACAGCGGCGAAGGACGGACUAAGAUUUUCGUCAGGGAGCUUGGUGAGAACGAGGCUUUGCCUAAGGGUAAGGGGAAGUAGGAGUAGGUGGAGGACAAUAGAUUUCCCGAAAAGAAAGAAAAGUCGAGGUUAUGCGGUCAUUUUUGGUGAUUCGGUUUAUCCCUCACUUGUUGAGAUCCUCUAUCUAAGGACAGGCUGAGGCCCGGAGCUGGCUGGCGUUAAAUGGAGAUGGGAAAUAUGAAUUCUACAUACAAAAUUUGCCCUUCGAUUGACCUGCGCCCGGUGCUGAUGAGUUCUG